AUGUCUUUGCAUCUUGGAAAGAUUACCCCUUGUGUUCGUAGAGAUGAGCUUGAACGAGUUUUCCAAAGGUUUGGUCGCUGUAGCUUACAAGUGAAAGAUAAAUAUGGUUUUGUAGUUUAUGAUUAUCCUGUGAAUGCUGAGAGAGCACUUAGAACGCUUCAGGGAAAGAAGAUAUGUGGUGAGCUAUUAACAUUGUCAUGGUCAAACAACCAGCCUAGUUAUCGAGGUUGGAAUUCACAUGGAAGAAACUGUAGAGAUGAAAGUUAUGUUAAUAGAAAACUGCCUUCAUAUAGUCGAAAUGAUUCUAGGACAAGUCACAAGCAACCAGUUAUAAAAGAUGAGCCUAAAGAUGCCAGAAACGGUAAUAAAGAGAAUGAAAAAAUUCAUGGUAUGAAGAAAGCGUUGUCAAAUAUAGGUGGAGGUCCAAAUGAAAAUGAGUUAAACAAGGGUUCGGAGUUUGAUCGUUAUGAACCUUGCAGUGGUAGUAACAAAAGGGUUCAUGGCGAUGAAAUUAAUUUCGUUCAUCAAGGUAGCUACUCCAUAACAGGAGACUUUCAACAAAGGAAAGGGGUUGUGCAAGCUAGUAAACAAAAUUUGGAUCAAACCCUACAGACAUGUUACAACUGUGGGAAAUUGGGACAUAAAGUAAAAAACUGUCCCGAAGACUUGGGGUACAAGAGGAAACUUGACAGGUUUAAGCAUAUACACUGUGAUGAAAGAAACUACAACAGUAAAGAUCAAGAUGGACUGAGAAGGAUGAGAUCUGACCCACGAGGAAGGGAGCUACCUGGUAAAGAUGCUGUAACCAUAAGGUCACAUAAGGACACUAGAGAGGCAUCCAGUAAUGGUGAAAGGGAAGAGCAGAUUGAUGACCUACAAAACGAAAAUGAGUUAAACAAAGGGUUAAGGUUUGAUCGUUAUGAACCUUGCAGUGGUAGUAACAAAAGGGUUGAUGGCGAUGAAAUUAAUUUUGUUCGUCAAGAUAGCUACCCUACAGCAGAAGACUUUCAACAAAGGAAAGGGGUUGUGAAAGCUAGUAAACAAAAUCUGGAUCAAACCCGACAGGCGUGUUACAACUGUAGGAAAUUGGAACAGAAAAUGCAAAACUGUCCCGAAGAAUGGGGUUACAAGAGGAAACUUGACAGAUUUAAGCAUAUACAAAGUGAUAAAAGAAACUACAACAGUAAAGAUCAAGAUGGACUGGGAAGGAUGGGAUCGGAACCACGAGGAAGGGAGCUACGGAACCACGAGGAAGGGAGCUACCUGCUAAAGAUGCUGAAGCACCGUCUAUACACGAAGGCUGAUUACUCUACAGCAGAUAACCGAAUUCAAGCAUCCCAGGGAAAACAGUAUGUUAAGGUGAAACGGAUCAGGGAAAGUCAGAGCCCGGAGCAUCGUGCAAAGAAAUUAAGGAGGCCACAGUCAAGUCCCAUCCAGUCAGAUGACAAGGUUUCUAGGUCUAGGUCAAGCUCAAUUUAUUCGAAGUCUUCCACAAGGUCUCGUUCAAGCUCUCGUGUAUCUUUGUAUGCAACUACAUCAUCUGGCUGCUGGUAUUCAACACCUCCAAGUUUGCAAAAUGGCGAAAAGGACUCUUUCUUGAAAGCUAACAGUCCUGAGCAGAAUGACUUCCAAGUUAGCAGUGCACAAUUAGUGGAAAAUGGGAAUGCAGUGUGCACAAGUGGUGGAGAAUGGAAUGCUGUGGUACAUUCAGAAGUGGACAAGGGCAUGGAGACAAACCAUACUCAAAAGAGUGAAGAAGAUUCUCAGUUAGAUGAAGGAAAAUAUCCCAAAGAACAGAAUGACAUUCAAGUUGGAAGUGCACAACUGGUGGAAAAUGGGAAUGCAGCGAUACAUUCACAAGUGGAUAACGGCAUGGAUACGAACCAUAUUCAAAAGAGUGAAGAGGAUACUUGGUUAGAUGAAGGAAAAUAUUUGUCUAAGCCAUUGCUUGAGAAUGACGCUCUUAAUGAUGUGAUUCUGUCCCCAACUAGUCAGAGAGAGACAAAGGAUCUUCAGAGUUGUGAUUUUGAUGUAUCAGAAUUUAACACACCAUCCCACAAGACUACCAGAUCAAUGUGCUUGACAUCAGAAGAAAUCUUAAUGGUCCUAAGGCACUAUGGGUUGAAGCAACCAGUAGAAGUUGACAAAGGUUUACUUGCGGAAUCAUUUUUUGGUUGUGCUCGGUUGUGGCCCUGGGAAGUCAUAUUGCUUAAAAAGGGUCCAAUUUCAAUCGAGAAUUAUGCUCGAAGAAUUUUUCAAAACAAGGAGUUUGGGAUUGUUGAUAAAUAUGUCAGAAGCAGUAGUGGGUGGGGUGAAGAGGAGUCUUGAAAGUUGACAACUUACAUACUUGAUCUAGUAAUUCAUGCUUGGAAAUGUACAUUGCUGAGACUUUUAUCUUGUGAAGCUUUGGCAGGUAGGUACUGACUAAAAGUCUUUUAAUUUCAUACAUGCUCUUCAUGUUUAUAUAUUAACAUGCUUUUGCUAAGGAGCAUAAACGAUGAAAUGAUUAUUCUUAAUAUUAUUAAGCAUUUUCUGAAA